CGGUAAAGAAACGUCUUGUUAGUUUAUUAUAAUAAAUUGUGAAAUUUUCUCUAUAUAUCUAGACUAUAGAUUUUUACAAUGAUAUACGUAUCUGUGUCAGUAUCAGUGCAAUCUAUCAGUGUGUAAUAGUUGAUGGAUCGCAACGCGUACAGGAGUUAAAACAUCUGUAUCGUAUAAAAAAAAAGAAGCAGGUGACCGACCUGUUCCACAUCCAACAUGCGACAGUCAACAUAUAGACGAAUACAAAUAUCUGGCGUGUUCAUCAUACUCUCAAUGUCGUCAUUAAUGAUAUAUUGGAAUAGUUACCAGUUAACACGACAGACAACAGAAAUUUCAAUCAAGAUAUGUCCGAAGAAUCCCCCUUUUUUAGUAGGUCCGUUUGUCUUUCACCAUUUUAAUGGAACGCUGGAAGACCUGAAUAAUAAAUAUCAGAAAUAUAAGCCUGAACUUGGUGGUAAAUUUAAACCAUUGGAGUGCAAGCCGAGAGAGAAAGUAGCAAUAAUAAUACCAUACCGAGAGAGACAGAGACAUCUGAUGGACUUCUUGUCACAUAUGCCACCAAUGCUGCUCCGUCAACAGGUUGAAUUUACUAUAUUUGUUAUCGAGCAGGAUCCACUAGGACAAUUUAACCGAGCACUUAUGACGAAUGUUGGUUAUUUAGAGGCAUUAAAACAAGAUAACUAUUCAUGUUUUAUAUUUCACGAUGUCGACAUGUAUCCUAUUAAUGAUAAUAAUAUAUACAAAUGUUCAACAUCUCCAAGACACUUGGCUGCAGCUGUUGAGAAAUGGAAAUUUGGAUUACCGUACCCUGAUUAUUAUGGUGGAGUUGUUGCUUAUCCUAAGACUGUUAUGGAGAAGACCAAUGGAUUCUCAAAUCUUUACUUUGGUUGGGGUGGUGAAGAUGAUGAUCUAGGAUUCAGAUUGGCGGUGGUAGGGUUGAAGUGUGUACGUCCUGCCGCAGUUUAUGGUAGAUAUGCCACCCCUGUUCACGGGAAGGAUAAAGGCUGUCCAUUGAACCCGGACAGAUUCACGCUUGUAAAGAAUGCCAAGAGUCGUAUAUGGUACGAUGGACUAAAUAGUGUUGUAUAUACUGUAAGUAAAAUAGAAAAGAAGAAAAUAUAUACACACAUGCAUAUAACAGUGGAUCGUCAAAAACAAGAAGAGAAUGUGAAGUUAAAGAAAAUAGAAUUGGAAAAGAAGCAGCAUUAGAAAAAGUCUCUCAUUAAUAAGCAGUAAUGGUGUUCCCUAGAAUAUUGUAGUUUAGUUGUCGUUGGAAUGAUGUGUUUUAGUGUGUUUGGUUGUUGUCAUCGUGUGGAUGAUUGUGUUCAUGAACUCAGUGUUUCAAAUAGCCUAUGAUCUCAAGAGCUCUGCGUUCUUAUUGUAAACGGGUGUUCAUGAACCCAGUGUUUCAGAUAGCCUAUGAACUCAAGAGCUCUGUGUUCUAUUAAACGUGUCUUUUUUUAAUAGGGUGUUCAUGAACCCGAUGUUUCAGAUAGCCUAUGAUCUCAAGAGCUAUGUGUCCCAUCAAACGUGUCUUAUUGUAAUAGGGUGUUCAUGAACCCAGUGUUUGAGAUAGCCUAUCAACUCAAGAGUUCCGUGUUCCAUUAAACAUGUCGUAUUGUAAUAGGGUAGAACCGACCAAUGUAAUUAUUAAUUUAUUUAUUAUUUUUUUUAUUGGCUUGUACAACCCAGAGCCCCGGUGGAUCAGUUAGUAAGACGGCUGGUGUAAGUGUUACACGACAGCAAGUCAGGUUUGCAACUCUACUCUUUUCACAAGGUUAUUUCUGACAACCCAUCCUGUAAUGGUGGUCAUCAAUUUGAAGAUAUUGAACACUUUGUUUUACAUUGCUCCUUAUAUUCAGAUGUCCAGAACAAAACACAAUCUACUGUCUAUCGUAACACUAGUGUCAUAUUGCACGGCAUUGACGACACGGAGAGCUAACUGAAUAUUGACGGCAAGGAGAGCUAACUGUAUAUUGACGACACGGGGAGCUGACUGAAUAGUUUUAAAACUGUCAACUCGUAUUUCAAAAUUAUCAGAAGUCUCCAGCAGCAACGAUAACGCCAUAGUUCAAAAUUUGAGCAUACAAAAUAAACAGUGUAAUUAUAUUUCCA